UCUCUUCUACUCCCACCAAAUUGAAUCAGCUAUGUCUAAUAGACCAAAGGAACAAAUAGUUCCCAAUGAUUCAUCCUUCGAUGAGGAGAAAUGCUUUGGUCCAUACAGUCUUCUUUUGAAUACUGCACCUAGUUCGAGUAGUUCUUCCAGUGUACUCUUUCACUAGAGUAUCUGACUUGUUACGAACGUGGAUACUCCUUCCAUUUCCUAUUCACUAUAGGUCAUAUCGUCAACAGAUUUUGAGUCCCGUUGUAUGUGAUAUUUAGAAUCAUACAAGACUAUAUAAGUUUGUUUUUCAACAGGAACUGUGUCGACGAGUGAGGUAUUUGCUUCGAACUGAUCGGCACCAGUUUAAGCUCAUCAACUGGGUUUCUUUACUAAAACUAGUUUGGUAGAAAUAGCUAACACUCCUGUUGUCUUCUUUUCUCUUGGUUUAUUCAAGUCAUGGUAAGGUUGUGCAAGAGCAAAACACACCUCGUUGUAAAUUGUAGUAUUUACAAACUUUGCUUCCUUUCCACAAAGUUCUUAAGCAAGGCACGUGUGUCCGAGGGUCGCAAAAUACACUCUCCUAUCCGUAAGUUCGUUAUUUCAAACGCGAGCAUACGGAUUUGCGGGUUAACUCUUACUCCAGAAAGUGCUUCGCACAACGAUUUAGAUAUGAAGUCAUAAAAUAUCAGUUACGUUGCAAGAGUCAAUCAACUUCUAGGAAGUAAAACUAGUCAAACAAGU